GUGUAUAUUUGCAGUUCGCUGGAGGGAACAUUCCCCCGAGCAAAUUCGUCUAUUCUGUGAUGUCGGCCACUGUUGGUGGUGAAUACUCGCAGCAGAAGGGGGCAAGUCUGCAGCAAAGAUUAAUAAAUGAAGCCAUCGUGUGGCUGACUCCAGCCUCGGAGGCGCAUCUUUGAUUUCAUGCAGAGGAAGCAGGAGCUGCAGGACCAUGUGGAGCAUUUUCUUGCAAGCGUCCUGACGCCUCAGAAACAAGGAUGUCUUGGCCCGCUCUGUAUGCUCAGCUGGUCGGGGCCAACCGUCACGCCACCAGCCUGGGUAAAGUCUGGCUCUCUGUGCUCUUCAUUUUUCGGGUCAUGGUGCUGGUUGUCGCUGCAGAGAGCGUCUGGGGCGACGAACAGUCCGACUUCACCUGUAACACGCUGCAGCCUGGAUGUGAGAACGUCUGCUACGAUCAGUUCUUUCCCGUCUCCCACAUCCGUCUCUGGUGUCUCCAGCUCGUCUUUGUGUCCACGCCAACUCUCCUGGUUGCCAUGCACGUGGGCUAUCGCAACCACAUGGACAAGAGGAGGCUCCUGCAGAGUUCUGGCCGCGGUAGCUUCCUGAGCAACAAGGGCCAGGAGGAGGAGUUGGAAACGCUGAAGAAGCGCCGACUCCCGAUAGCCGGCGCCCUCUGGUGGACGUACGCCUUCAGCCUGGUGUUCAGGCUGCUGUUCGAAGGAGGAUUCAUGUACGCUCUGUACGUGGUGUACGACGGCUUCCAGAUGCCGCGGCUGGUGCAGUGCGACCAGUGGCCGUGUCCUAACCUGGUCGACUGUUUCAUCUCCCGGCCCACAGAGAAAACCAUCUUCACGGUCUUCAUGGCCACGGCCUCUUCCAUCUGCAUGGUCCUGAACAUGGCUGAGCUGGCGUAUCUCGUAGCCAAGGCUCUCACUAGGUAGAGGUAUUAAUCACUCAGUCAGGAGUCUGAAGGAGAAGAAAUCACGCGGCAAAUCCAGCGGAGAGAAAACGCGGAAUAAGACGAACCACAAGUCCCUUGUCUCGACCUGAGGAAGCAGCAGCAGCAGCAGGACGGACGAUGUAGAAGUCGCAGCAAAGACUCGAAUCACUUCAGAGCUGCGCAAUUAGAAGCGGGACGCAUGUGAAUGAUGUAGUGUAGCGUGGGUACAAGCAGGAAACUGACAUUUUCUAUGACGCCCAAAGAUUUAAGAGGGGGAGAAGAUGCCAGCAGCUCAAAAAAUGUGCUUUUAAAUGUUUUUGGGAUGGGAUCGUUUUUAAAAUUAAAUAAAAUUAUAAUAGUUUAGAGAAACGCCAUGAGGAAAAUAUACACUAUAUUUACUACUAUAAGCUAUGUGCACACACAUUAUAUAUAGAAAAGUUGUAUUUUUUUUUUUUUUGAUGGAAUAACAUCUCACUGCAUGUAAAUAGAUUUACAUUUUCUCAUUUAGCUUCCACAAAUAAAUCUUAGUUUUGA